GCCUACGCCAGACAACCAUGCUGACCGGAUUGCUGUCUCUCCCACCGGAAAUCCUCAUCGAAAUCCUCGCCGAGCUCCCCUACCGCUCACUCUUCGCAGCCAUCUGCACUUGCAAAACUCUGCACGCCCUUGUAGCCACUUCGCCGCGCAUUCAAUACGCCCUCCAAUCUUCCAUUGCCGGCGUCGCGCCCAUCGACGAGUCCCUGACCCUCCAUCCUGUCGCUUCGCGACUCGAAGCAUUGCGCAAACGCGAGGAAAACUGGUCCAACCUCACCUUCACAGGCGUUACAGAAAUCCCUGUCAGGCACCGCCCCAGCGGCAUAUAUGAUCUCACCGCAGGCGUCUAUCUUCUGGGCGAAUCCGCGAGAGCCACCCGAGGCGCCGAUCUCGGAAACUUCGAGAGGCGCACGAAGGCUGUGCGCUUUGUGAGAUUGCCGACCAAGCCGACGCCGAGCGAAGAUGUCGAGUGGGAGAGGAUCGACAUCGGCGAGGAUGUCGUAGACAUCGGUCUCAACGUCCACGAACACGACCUGAUCGCUAUCGUCACCCACGUCUUGGAGACGCCUAUCUCUUCCGAAGCUUUGCGUUCUAACCCCGGUACCCUCCGCUUUUGGAACCUCCGUUUACACCUCCUGUGCCUCUCCACCGGCAAACCUCACCCGCUCGCGCGACAGCCUGUUCUGUAUCUGGGCCGCGCUGGUGCAGGAUACCAUAGCAUCGGGAUUGAAAUCGUUGGGCGCGCCCUCAUCCUGCUCGUCUUAUACCCUCCAGAUCGCGAACAGGACGACAUGUUCGUGUACGACUGGAUGACAGGAGAUCUUCUCAUGAAAGCGAGCGUUGACCGUGAGGUUUACUCGAGCUUCACCCCGCUAACGCACGACUUGAUUGUCAUGCCCAACCAUCGAACUAAUCACCUCGACAUUAUCCGCAUCCCCUGCGCCGCACCGGCCCCACAGUCGACCUCCGGCGGCGUUCACAUCGAAGUCGUACAGGAAAUCAAGCCGAUUCUGUCCCUGGGGCUGCCGAUCCUGCUGCCAGGUAUCAAGCUCGUUCGGUCGAGCUGUAGAGGGGAGCCGAACCCCGGAGCGCCAACCUCUACCUCCUAUCCCGCGUCGGUCGAUGCCCCUCUAUUCACAUCCCCGCCCCGUUCGUCCGCCUCCCCCGCCGAACUGCACCCUUCGGCCGCCCAGGAUGCGGUCAUCAUCUUCAACCUCUUCAUCCAGGACCAGACGACCGAGGUACGCGGCCCCUUCGGCGUGCUCUUCGCGCCCAUGAUGGCGUUCGCCUUCGUCGUCCAUCGGCGCGCGUUGUGCGAGCUCGUCAAGUCGCAUUGCGAGGUCGCCCCCUCUCCGCCGCCGGCAUUCAGUGGAGGCAGUGAAUCUUUGGAAGACACCGCCGUCGCGAGUAGCACGCCUCAAUAUCCGACGGUCCCGUGGAACACCUGGGGCCCGACACGCACCCGCUGGUUCGAGGGGGAAGAUAGCCCCGGCAUAUGGAUCACGACGACGUGCGGGCAGCGAUACGUGAACAUACGCGAGGAGCGCGAGCCGGAUGAGAGCGCGUGCAUACACGUAUACGACUUUAACCCCUUGGCGGUGAAGCGGCUGAUCUGGGAAAAGAAGGAGAGGGAGGAGAGGGAACGGACGGUGCGGAAGGCGAUGGAGGACGAGGAUGCCGAGGCGGUUGGAGGAAGAGAGGCCGAACCGUCGACCGAAUACGCAUUGGCCCGCGGACGGUUUGAGUACGAAAUGAUGGAUCUGGAGGCAUUCGGGUCAGAUAGGUUGGACGAGGAAAGGGUGCUUGCGGACAUGGAGGACGGCGGGGAGCAGAACAUCGCCGAAGAGCCUUUUUUGCACGGCGCACGUCUCGUUCUUCCAGAGGACGAAUAUCACGAUGUUGCCAGGAGUGGUCAACGCACUGAUGGCCGCGCUCGUGCAGUGACAGAACCCGCGGUGCUGCGAGCCGGAAAUGUCUUCCAGCGAGCCGUCAUGAGCCACCUGCCGUACGUAUCCGUCGAGAGCGAGGGCCUGUACGAAUACCAGAGCGUUCUGGCGGAUGAGGGCCGCGUGCUUGGUCUCAAGGCGAGCAGUCGAAUGUCAUGCCGUCUCGCGUUUCCGUCUCACCCUCACGUCAUCAGGUUAACCACAGGACAGACCAAAUUGAGCGCGUGGAUGUCUUGCACCUCGACCUGUAAGCCGCGGCGAGCACUUAUCUUGUACGAUUCGGGUACACGAGAAUCCAAUGUUGUUCGAUAUUGA